AUGGCGCCGAAGAUUAUCAUAUCCGAUGAUUGUUUCUGCACCCUGCAAAACUUUUAUCUGUUUGAUAUCUUGUGUUCUUGAUAUGGACGCAAACUUACCCACCAUUUUAUCGAAAUUCCUCGGUGUAAGUUUGUGGGUGCUGGUAUUUGCAGUAUUUUGAGGACUACAAUGACCGCCAGAGGACGUUCGAGCAGGUCUAUCGCUGCUAUCCCACCACAUUCAUCGACAAGGUUUGAUCUCCCUUGUCGAAAUGCUCUGGUUUCUCGGUCAAUGCUGUCCAUGAAUCAUCCUUGUGUCUUCAUUCUGUGCUCAUCUUCAACAUGGGUAGUAAAAAUCGAAGCACAUUCAGAGAAGAGAGAGAGAGAGAGAAGACAGCUGAGAUAGAAAAGCUCUUUAAUUUUUAAUAUAUUUUUGCUUCAUUGCAUUGACGCCUCCCCCACCUGCUUCUUCUGCAGCCCCAACUUGAAAACGGCGACAAAAGUAUGCGUUUUUUUUGACUUGGCCUUCGAUCUCUCUGGUAUUCUUUCCCGCAUGUCUUCUAAAGGUCUCUUUUGUGCUGCUUGCCUGCUCCUCUUCCAGUUAUCAUGCCGCCGUCAGCCCUGGAUCGCCUCGGUAAGCCCCGUUGACCCCAGGUUUAGAUUCUGACGUUGACUUUUCCCGGAGUCAGCGCGGGAAGAGGGUGUGAGAUGUGGUCUUUCUCCGCAGCAUCCCUCAAUAUCGACUACCCGAUGUUGUUUGAGCUCGAGAACUCGUCGACGCAGAGGGUCUCCCAUUGCGGCGUCCUCGAGUUCAUAGCGGAGGAAGGCAUGGUGUAUCUGCCAUACUGGGUGAGCUCCCCCGUUGACUAGCGGCUCGUUAAGCUUCGUAUCCUUGGGAUUACUCGGGUGCUGAGCUCGGCGCCGCUUCGAAUUCUCCAGAUGAUGCAGAACCUGCUACUCGAAGAAGGAGACGUCGUGCGUAUCAAGAGCGCCACUCUCCCGAAGGGCACCUACGUUAAGCUCCAGCCUCACACGACGGAUUUCUUGGACAUCUCCAAUCCAAAGGCCAUGUGGCUCUCUCUCUCUCUCUCUCUCUCUCUCUCUCUCUGUGCGUCUCUCUGUGACUUUCUUUCUUAUUGGCGGCCGUCUGUGGUGCAGACUGGAGACAUCGUUGAGGAGCUUCUCGUGCCUGACGACCGGGGACACGAUCAUGGUGGCCUACAACAACAAGAAAUACUACAUCGACAUCGUGGAGACGAAGCCCUCGGCGGCGGUGAGCAUCAUCGAGACCGACUGCGAGGUGGACUUCGCUCCUCCUCUCGACUACAAAGAGCCCGAGAAACCGGGCAAACCAGCUCCUCUGGCGGCGCCGCCUCAAGGUCUUUCUCCGCCCUUCAUCUCUCCACAGCGACCUCCUUGACCUGCUCUCAUUGUCUCCUAAUUUGGUGCGCCGUCCAGCUGAAGAGCCCGUCGAAGAGGAGUCCAAGUUCAGCCCGUUUACGGGCACCGCGAGACGCCUCAACGGACGGCCGGCGGAGGCGUCGCCGUCUCCUGCUCCUGCUCCUCUUUCCACUGCACCGAAGGCGCGGGCGGCGAGGGCUGCCAAUGGCGCGGGCUCUUCUCCUCCUCCCCCUUCUUCUUUUCCUUCUUCUUCUUCUUCUUCUUCAACAUCUUCUUCAGCUUCGGCGUCUCAGCAGCCAUCAAGGGGGAAGCUCAUGUUCGGAUCGGCCGACAGGAAGUCGGAGAGCGUGGAGGAGAGGGGGAAGGUGCGGCUCCGAUCAGAGUAGAAGCUCUGCCCAGUUGGUGAAAGAUUUCGCUCCGAUUUUUCUCACAGGACCAGCCCUUCCUUUCGAUUUGCAGGCCGUGGCGAAGGAUCCGCCGCCCCAGCCGCCGAAGGAGGAAGAGCCCGAGUUCAAACCUUUCACCGGGAGGAGGUACUCCUUGAGAGACUGA